AUGAUCCAUUCCAAACCUCAGGGUAUUCAGUCGCCGAGGAUUUCUGAAAUUGAAACGCCAACGCGAAGACCAUCAACUUCUCAGGGAACAGUCGAUCUCAGAUAUGGAGCCACGCAUUAUGGCGAGGUUCAGCUCUCCCAUGCAACUCUUGCCAGGGCCGAGAAGGCUAAACAACACUUUGAGUUGUUUGAGAAUUAUUUGCGCCUCCUUCCACAUCUUCCGCCUCUGCCAUCCCCUGGAGAUGCAUCUGGCAGGCACCAAACAAACCGAGGGUACCAAGAGGAUACCCCAGAAGGCAGACAGUACAACCCCUUGCAAUAUUUACGCAAUAGAAAAGUCAGGUACAGGGAAAGACAAGCUAUUGAUUCCGAGGCGGCAGGGUGGGGAGAUGUUGAAAAGGUCUCAGAAUGGGUCGAUUCCAUUGUUCAGACCCCCAACUUACAUCUGCGGGAACCCGAUGAAUAUAUUGAUCUACCAGAAUUCCAGCCUAGUGCUUCCAGGGUCGAUCCAGAAGACAAGUCUGAUCGAAAUUUGACGCAUACCAAAUCUGGUGAAGUUUUACGGCGUCGCCCUCGCAUGGAUUGGGCUACAACGCCAUUAGAUCUUCUGGCAGAUAUUGUUUGGUAUGAACAAAAUGGCAACAAAGCCAAGGUCGAAGAUCGACAUGGGAAGAAGCUAUUCCCUCGUGGCAUCAUAACCAGACAUCAUGCCGAGCCCCGCGCAAGUCAAGCAGAAUCUCUUGACUCUACGGAGCAAUCAAAUGCACAAGCUGAUGCUAGCUCGGAGAUAAAUGAUAUCCAAUACCUCAGUACACCUACACCAGCUGGUAGCCGGAGCCAACAAAACGCUGAAAGGGGGCGCUUACGGCACCGACUGGCCCAUUCCAUUAAUUUGACACCAAACCAUAGCAGAUCGAGAAAGCAAAGCAAAUCUCCAGUUAAGAAACGACCUCGUAGCUCUUCUGAAUCAUCGCGCCAUUCAUACGGUAGCAACAGUGGAAGUUGGAGACGAAUAUCCAAAACAAAAACUAGAGAACCCGGCGAUAAUGGAAAGAAUUCACGAAGAAACGCUGCCGUCUUAGAUACCGGCAGACCAGUCACGCCAAACCAAGCUUCUCUUGACACUGAAAACAUCCAUAAAAAUCAUUUGAGGGUUCCAAAUACACCAGAAAACAUGCUUCUCCCUAAUCCAGACUUUGAAUCUAACCCUCACAUAUCACCACGCCACGAAUAUUCUGCUUCUAAUUCCUCCCUGGCAAGUGAUGGUGGGAUAAAUGGCUCUCGAGACACGCAGAAUCAGGAUGACAGCGGCCCUUUCCAGACACCUGGCACGAGAGGGUUCUUCCCGAAUAUGUCAAUAAGCCUUUCUCCCCUGCGUGGUCGCUCCACGUCACCCAGUCGACGGCAUCCCUUCCAUUUGGGGCAUUCGAGGAAGCCCAGCCGGCAAAAACAAGGGCAGAUUCUGGAUUUCAUGGAAUCCCAGGGUGACCUUGGCACUCUAUCUCAUCGCCAUACGACCUCUAACCUCUCUCCCCCAGGCUCUCCUUCGGGACCAGAGGGCCAGAAGACCCCAGUUUUCCGAAGAGCAGAUAGUUCUCCUGCUAAGAAUACUCGUAGUAGCGGUCAACAAGACUGGAAAAGGCUCCUUAAGGGAAGCCGGAUCGCAGAGUUAGUUGGGAGUGAAGUGUCAAGGGUGGGAGACUUAAUACGGAAGAAAGACAAUUCCAGCCACUCAAGGCGAUCGUCUGCGUCUAGUUUAUCAGAAUAUGUAGAUGCCGAUACCAAGAUACCUACUGAGGAUGAUUCAUUCUUCUGUCCAGCACAAAGGGUGGACUCUGAUAAUUCCAAAGCACAUCAAGGACAGCCUCCGGAUUUCACCUCCAGUCCACAAACCAGGCCUUUAAAUGACAAGGAUGAUGUCGCUGAGCAUGAGGUGACUACAGAAACCCCAGACCCUGAUUCCAAUAUAGGUUUGACUAGCCAGGAUAUAUCCACAUCAAUGAGCCUUGACGAGAUUACGAGGAACUGGACACCUCGAUAUAUCCCUUGCUCUGGUCGUGUCAGCAAACGAGACAUUUCUUUCGCUCGCGCUCGUCUCCUAUCCUCAGGCAUCAAAGCCUUGGAAAUAUGCCGUUAUGCCGAGAGCUCUUCUACACCCUUCGCAGACUCAUGGUUGAACGACCCGGUUAAAUACAACAAUAUCGGUCCAUAUAUUUUAAGUACAGGAGCAGCUGCGCUUCGCACCAGACGAACAGUCGCAGAAUUUGACGAGCGUGUGACUGCGUACAAUAAGACCAUCGUUGAUUUUACCAAAGUUAAGGCUCCACCCAUGCAAUCCAGGAUCCGAAACCUCGAGAUGCAGAUAAGCAGUACGCUCACGCUUCGCAUAAUACCGUUAACGGCCCGGUCGGAAACCCUGGCAAAUGAACUUGGGACAAAAUGUACAUUGCCUGUCAAAAGGCUUGAGAAUAUAUUGAAUAAAGGUCUGAGAAAGCGAAGUCGCCGAAUCCGCUCCAUCAUCACGCUAUUAUCCGCAAUCUUUGAAUGGAUGCUUAUGGGAGUUUUCUGGGUUGUUUGGAUCAGCGUCAUGAUCUGGAAACUAAUCCGGCUACUUGCAUUUGGAGCAUUCAAGGGUGUUCGCUGGGUUCUCUGGCUAUGA